GGAAUGAUGGAAUUCGGAUAACUGCAACCGAGAACCACGUAAACAAAUCAAAUUAGGACAUUUUCACCGAGUACUUCAUUUAGCGGUUAUAAGCCUCGUUAAUGAUCAUGAAUCGAAGAGAUAUUUAUAGAGUUCGUAAAUGAAAGCAUACUUCCGAACAAAGCAACUCUGAUAUAUACCACCCAAACCAAACUGUUCUCAGCGAAUCAGUAAGGACCAAGAGGAGGAGGAGGAGGAGGAGGACGACGACGAGGAAAAGGCCGACGGGCCAGAGAGGGCAGCAAAACAGCCGCCACUUUAGCGGGCACAGCGGUCAUGGAACCACCCGGCGGAGUGCCGCCGGAUAGGGAUAGGCAGCUGGUGCUCCGGAAUCAGUCAGCUGCCCUGGUGCCCGUGAUCGUUUCUGCACCACCCUCUGGACCGGGAGCAACCACGCCCAACCCGCAACCACCGGCACAGUCACAGGCGUCGCCGCUGCCCAGCAAGCCAACCAGUCUGAGUCUUCAGCCGCAUGCCGUGCUCCAGGCCAUGCAACAGUUGUCCCCAUCGGCCGGCGCAGUUGCCACGGCCACGAGCAGCAGCAGCGGGAACGCCAAUAGCGGCAGCAGUCCCGCCCUGGCCUCCACCGCAACGGCCAUAUCGGCGACAACCCAGGCAGCCACUGCCUUUAGCGGCAGCUCGGUGGGUCACCAGCACCAUCACCAGCAUCCGCAUGCCCCACAGCAGCAGCAGCAGCAACCGCAUCCGACCAAUGCACCGAGUACAGCGCCACAAGCCCACCACCACGGCUCCAUAUCCAUCACUGGGUCGAGCGGUGGACUCAUUGGUUCCAGUGGCGGUUCCAGUGGCGUUCAGCAGCAGGCCAUCGAGAAGCUAUCGCGACCCAUGGCCUUCGAUAAGAUGGAAAUGCUGGUGCGUGAGAUGCAGGACCAGGAACACGGUGUGCCCGUGCGGCAGCAGAAAAUGUUCCUCACAUCCAUACCAUAUGCGUUUAUGGGAUACGAUCUGAUUGAAUGGCUGAUGGACCGCCUGCAAAUCGAGGAGUCGGAGGCCCUGAACAUCGCUAAUCAACUGUGUCUGCACGGCUACUUCUUUCCGGUCAACGACUCAAAGACGCUGACCGUGAAGGACGAUUCCUCGCUGUAUCGGUUCCAGACACCCUACUAUUGGCCCUGGCAGCACAAGGCGCCGGAUAAUGUGGAGUAUGCCAUAUAUUUGGCCAAACGAUCGCUGCGCAACAAGCAGCGGCACGCACUGGAGGACUACGAGGCCGAGGCACUGGCCUCGCUGCACAAGAACCUGAAGGGCAAGUGGGACUUCAUCUCGAUGCAGGCCGAGGAGCAGGUGCGCCUGGCGAAGGAGCGCAAGAAGGGUGACAAGAUCGUGGGAGACUCGCAGGAACGAGCUUACUGGAGAGUUCACCGUCCACCACCUGGCCAGUUCACUCCCUUGGAGCCCUGUCCAGUGCCUUCGCGCGAUCGUCAGGGCCUCAAGCCCAAUAAAAAAAAGACUGUCGAUGACAUGCACAAUCGGACGCGGAUGAAGAUGUCGCAGGCCUGCGAGUCGCUCGUCUGCUACUCGGAGACCUUCUCCGAAUACGAUUUCUUUCUGCAGCCGGCACUGCUUUCCAAUCCGUGGGUGACCGAGGAUAUUGCCUUUUGGCAGCUGAACAACACCUUUGUGGACAUUCCCACAGAGAAGCGGGUCAAGCGCUGGGCCAUUUCCAUCGAGGAGCUCGUCUCCGAUCCCACAGGCCUGCAGGAGUUCACCGGCUUCCUGGAGAAGGAGUACUCGCACGAAAACAUCCGCUUCUGGAUAGCGGUCAAUCGAUUGCGCCGCUCCGCUCACUCCCAGGUGGCACGAAAGGUCAACGAAAUUUACGAAGAGUUUUUAAAGCCUGGAGCACCGUGCGAGAUAAACAUUGACGGCAAGACCAUGGAGAGCGUGCUCCGGGGCCUGAAAAACCCAUCGCGGUUCACCUUCGACUCGGCCUCGGAGCACAUUUACAUGCUGCUGCUGAAGAAGGACUGCUACCCACGAUUUAUUCGAUCCGAGCACUACAAACGCCUGCUGGACACCGGCAUUCAGCCGUCGUACAAGAAGCGGUUUUUUAACUUUGGCGGCGUUAGCGGAGCCAAGGAGAAAAUGACAGCCGCCCUGAGCAGCCAGCCAACUGGGGAUGCGGCCAAAGGAUCUGGUGGCACUGGCGGCGGCAGCUGCUCCAUGAUGCAGGCACCACCGCCCGGUAACCUGGCCAGGCGCCGUGGCAGCGAUCGCAGUCUCACGGGUUCCGCCCACGAACUGGCCGUUCCCGAGGUGAACAAGGAUUCGGGUUCCAAGGUACCGCACUCUCAUUCCCAGAGUAAUCUCAGCGAAAUUCCCUUCAGUAGCGAUUCAAUUUAUCGAGGCGAUAUGCCACAGCGCCACAUGGCGGUCAUGGAUAUUGGGAUCUAUGCGGCCUACGGGAAUCGCGAAAGUAGUUUGCAGGCACUUCCAGAAACGCCAAGGACGAAGACCACCGCCCUUGAGACAACGGAGUCCACGUCGUCGUCCACAGCUCUGGUUGUGGCGGCCAGCAGUGCCGUCUGUCCUUGGGACGAACCAGCCGAACCAGUCCCGCCGCCGCCAGCGCAGUUAAAGCUAUCCGUGUGUCCCUGGGAACAGGAUAGUGCCACAGAGCCGCCGGCUCCCACUCCGGCCACAGGAGGAGGAGGACCGUCGAAGAUCUCAAGUUCCAACGGGCAGCCACUGCGGGUGAACAGCACUUCCUCGGACAACAGCGAUGUGAAUGACCGAAUGCAGCGUAAUUUGGGCAUUCGCCAUCAGAACACCGUGGACAGUGGUGAGGCAGGCAUCAAGCGUCUGGUUCCCAACUUUCCAGAACAGCGUCGGGCUUCAGUCUCAUUUACUCCAAGCCGUACUCCGGAUUUCCAGCUGGGACGGGCUCCAACGACGACAUCGUCACCCACUGUGGUGACCAGUAGCUCCACCCCGCUGCAGGCACGUAGUGCUGUGUACGGUAGUGGCGCCAUCGCAAAGGAUCCACCAUCUGGCUCUGAUGUCGAUGCGGAACUGGAGGAGGAACUCAACCAACCACCACCGAGGUAUCCAGAGUUUGCGGACGAAACGGAAAAGGCUGCCGAAAUAGAAGGACCGGUUUUGGACGAGCUUUCACCCACCACUGACGAGUACCAGGAGGGACUGCAGUUUGGCAGCGAUGCCAAGGACGCAGUCGACGACUUUGACAGCAUAGACGUGGGCUAUAUACCGCCUGCACCCACCCCGGCUCCCUCCAUGGCACCUCUGGCUGAGCUGGACGUGGACACGGUGGACGAUGAGCCGUUCGAGCCCGCCCCUCCUCCUAGCAGCAGGGACACGGUGUUGGCCUCGGCCUCCGCCUCGGUAUCGGCUACGGCCACGCCCACAUCCAGCAACGAAGAAGCGCGCAAGCGGCGCAAGAAACGAAACUCGGAGGGCAAGAAACUUAGCUCGCAGGACGAAAAGGAUAAGGAGUCGCGCGAAAGGGCUGGCGGGAGCAGCAUCGACGCCGAUCACAAUGCGGUGUGUCCCUGGGAAGACGAGAACGUCAGCACGAACGACGGCACCUUCGUGAAGACGUAUGCCACACUGGGAUACUUAUGAAUAAAGCCAAAUCUGUUCAAGACGGUGGUCAACAAGUUGCUGAAAAGGAAGCCAUACAAGAAGUAAGGCCUGGGUAGCUAAGUUUAUUAUACGGAGUAUCUAUUAUAAUAC